UCUAAACAAAAACUAGAAGUAUAAAACAAUUAAAUACUGUUUAUUACUCUUUAAGUAAUGUUAUAUAAAUUUGUACAGUAAUGGCUGAAGAUAGUGAAAAUGUCAUAAAUUUUGAGUCGAUACUCAAAAACAGCAACAUAAGAAAACAACAAUUGAUCUACACUAAAGAAGUUGCUUCUAAGCUUUGUUCCAAAGAACAUUAUACUCCAAAGGAUGUUUUAUCAAAUGUUUCCAAGCAGUUGAAUGCAUUACAAAGAGCGGAUGGUAUUAAAAGCUAUAAAAAUAGGCUAAGACUUAUGAAUGUUGUAAAGCCAGCUUUGGAACCAGUUAAUUUAUUAUUUUUAGACAGUAAUAGACCACCACAAAGUUAUCACAAGUUUGAAACCCAAGGUGUAUCAGAUACACAACUUAUAAAUAUUGUUGUCAACGCUGAAAUAUUGGCAACACCAAAAGGUGCAACACAGGAAUUUGAAAAUUCCUUCAGUGAACAUCAUAUUGAAGAAAAGAAAAACUUACUAAAUGUGUCACCUGUAAUAGCAACCAGAAUAGAACCUAACUUAGUAGUGCAUAAAGCACCAGAUUCUAUGGAUAGUAAAUUAGAAAAUGUACCAAGUACAUCUAAAAUCUGUAAUGAUAAGGAAAAACAAAACACACAUUCAAUCGGUGAAGACUUUGAAAACAAUGAAGAAGAUCCUAAUUCUGAAAAUAGCAUAACAUUGAGUCCUAUUAUUGGUCAUAACAAAUUACAACUUCCUGAAACUUCCCAAUCAUUAAUUUAUACAUUGGACGCUUUUGAAAAUUUCGAAACAUUAGCAUUUCCAGUUAUCGAACAAAAUCCCGAUGUUAAUUUAGCUAAGGCAAUUAUAAAUUCACAAAUUAUAGACAAAGAAUUGUGUAUAACAUGUGUAAAUGCCACUAUAAGAAAAGAAAGAUCUAAAAGUCCAAUACUAACAAAUAGAAUAUUAGGAAACACUAAGAAUAAUGAAGUAGAUUUUAACAGAAUAGAUAAAGAACAGUUCAAAGAACCUGAUAAAGUUAUAAAUGAUAUAAUAGAAACAAAACUAAAGAAAUCCUUUGAAGAAGAUAUAUUUUGUAGUGAUGAAGAGUAUGACGAAGAUGGUAAUUUUAUAAAAUUACCAGAAACAUGUAGAUUAGAAAACUCUUUGACAAAUCCAUCAAAUAUCAGUCCUGUCUUAGACAAAACAAUGUAUGUAGGUUUUCAAACAGCUAGUAAUAAGAGUAUACAAAUUCAUACAGAUACAUUUUGCAAGGCUAAGAAUAUUCUGGAUGAUUUAGAUCUGGAUGAUGAUCACAAUAAUCCAACGAUUAUGGAGUUAGUUGAAUUAUGUGAUGAUACAAGUAAGAAUCAAUCAAAUGAUGGUGUUGACAUAGAUAAACCAGCAUCAGUGUAUAAAACGGAAAACCUUUACGGUAAAGAAUAUGGUGGCAAUAUUUUAAAAACUAAUACAAACACUAGUUGUGCUACCAAAAAACUUAAUUUAACAACCGAACAAAUUAAUUUUUAUAACAAACUUGAUGAUGGUGAUUUCAAACAAGUUGUAAAUAAGCCUACAAACACAAAAGAUUGUUUAAUUGGAUUUAAAACAGCAAGUAGUAAGAAAAUCAAUUUAUCUGAUAAAGCUUUAGCAAGAUGUCGUCAGGUUUUUCAAGAUAUAGACAUUAAUGAAAUAUUUGAUACUAACGAGCCAAUAACUAAUUCAUGCAGCACAAUACAUAAAGCUGUAGACAUUGAUGGAACAAGCAAAAUUAAAACUCAAUGUAAUAAUAAUAAAGAUCAAAAUGAAUCGCUUGAAGUAUCAGAACAAAUAGCAUUAAGUGAUCAAACAAUUCUUCAAGAAUUUGAAAAUGACUUAAUAGCACCACCUAUUAAUGAUCUACAGAAGAAACAACAUAAUAAGAGUGAAAAUCCCAUAGAAAAUAAGAAUAAAGGCUUUAAUAAAAAUAUGAUAGAAGACAUUAAAUCUAAAGAAAAGCUUUCAAAAAGUAAUAGCGACAAAUUACACAUUAAACAUAAAAUUGUAGAUAUUAAUAAAGAAAAAUUUGUAGGUUUCAAAACGGCAAAUAAUAAAAAAAUCAAAAUUUCCGAACAUGCUUUAGCGAAGACAAAAAAUAUUUUCGAAGAUUUAAAUCUCUUUAAUGAAGUUGACAAUGAUGAAAAUAUAAAUAGAGAAAAAGAAAGUCAUAAAAAUAAAGACGCAAAUGAUCAACUAAAUCAAGACAUAAAUGAGGAAAUUUCAUCAGAUAUUCUAUUAAAAAACAGUGUUAAUAUAGAAUGUAACACAGCAUGUGGGUUUAUAACAGCUAGCAAGAAACCCAUUGCAAUAUCAUCAGAGGCUAUGAUAAAAAGCAAGAAGAUAUUAGAAGAUAUUGACAGUUGCAUAAAGAGUGAAAGAGAAUGUGAGACAAGACAGAGAAGAGAUACAGAACGUAACGAUAUUAAAGUUACACUGGAAAGUAACUCCAAUAUGUGUAAUCAAUUUAAAAUACCGAAUACCAAUCAAAUGAAAAUAUCUGACAAUAUUCACACAAGAAGUAAACUUAAUAAUUUGAUGGAUGAAUUUGUUGGAAGUUGUAAAGCAAAAAUAAAUUAUCAAAGCAAAGAAAUUAUUACGAAUCAAUUUUUUAAAGGUUUUCAAACUGCUAGUAAUAAGAAAGUUAAAGUUUCAUCAAAAUCUUUAGCUGCAAGUAAGAAAUUGUUUGAAUAUUUACAAAUAAGUGAUAACUUCAAUGAAACUAAUAUGAAUGAGAGAAGUCACCCAAUUAUUCAAACUAAAUUUGAUAAUAUACAAACUGAAAGUGAAAAUUUUCGUAACUUACCAAAAGAAAUGCAAAUCACAGAACAAGACUUUGCAAUUCAUCAAGGUUUUAAUGGUUUUAGAUCAGCAAGUAAUAAACUUAUAAAUGUGUCAGAACAAGCUUUAGUCAAAAGUAAAAAUUUGUUUUUAGAUUUAGAUUUA